AUGUCUGAAGAUACUCUGAUUAAAUUUAUCAGGUCGGCUGGUGAUAUGUUUCAUCAUUUGCAAUCCCUUCUAUUGAAUGAAUCAGAUAUAUUUCAACUUCCUCAUGUCUUUGAUUCUCUAAGCCAAUUUAAGCAACGAUUAAUCCUAUGUAAAGGUCAACUUGAAUCGGAAUCAUCUUCUCUGAUGCAAUGUCUUGACAAAACCUUUAAUAAGAUCACUGACUUGCUUGCCAAUCGAGAUUAUGACGUCGAGCCUGAAAAUCUCGUUAUUGAUCAGCUUUCCUACAUUUUUUCAACUUUGAAUGGAUUAACCGAUUCUUUAUAUACCAACGAAACUAUUUUGCAUGAUACUUUUGCCAAAAUAGCCGAAAUCCAUCUAGAACAAUCAUCAGAAUCAAAUGCUACUCAUGCUGAUUUUUGUUCACAAACUGUUGAUUCAGGCAUCAGCAGAAUUAAUUACGAUGCAAACGACACGGCUACUUUCGAGUUGCUAGAAACCGCUUGCAAUGACUUUGAAAGGGAGAUUCGAUCGUAUAAGAUGCAGCUUAAUGAAACUAAACGACAAUUUUGCAGAGCACAAGAGCGCGAGAAUGCAAUCAAAGGUCAGGUUCUGCUUAAUUUGCAUGUUGCUUUUUAA